AGCCGGGCCCGGUGGCGGCAGCGGCGGCCUCAGUGCGGCGGCGGCGGCGGCGGCAGCGCCAUGGCGGAGACGGCGGAGCGGCCCGAGCGGAGAGGGAAGAGAACGGGAACCGAGGCCGGGAGCGGGAGCGGAGCGGAGGAGCCGGCGGAGGCGGAGCGGGCCGGGCGGCGGCGGCGGAGCUUGCAGCCGGCGGCGGACACCCAGGGAACCACUGUCCUGCAUGCCACCAUCAGCGACCGCCCGCAGCCGCUGCCAGCCAGGUACUUUGACACAAAGACGACGGAGCCCAUCAGCUUCUUCUUGUCAGGCCUGGAAGAGCUGCUGGCCUGGCAGCCCAACAGCGAUGAUGAGUUCAAUGUGUCGGCCGUGCCCCUGGCCAAGCGCCAGCCCCCGCUCCACAGCAGGAGGCCCCGAACACUGGUGUGCCAUGACAUGCGUGGCGGCUACAUGGAGGACAGGUUCAUCCAGGGCUCAGCCACGCGCAACCCCUAUGUCUUCUACCACUGGCGCUACAUCGACAUCUUUGUCUACUUCAGCCACCACACUGUCACCAUCCCGCCUGUGGUCUGGACCAAUGCAGCACACCGGAACAGUGUCCCUGUGCUGGGCACAUUCAUCACGGAGUGGACAGACGGGGAGAAGCUGUGUGAGGCGUUCCUGGCCGGCGGUGAGGAGGUGUACAGCACUGUGGCCGAGCAGCUGGCCCGCAUUGCCCAGCACUACCGCUUCGACGGCUGGCUGAUCAACAUCGAGAACACUCUGAGUGCAGCAGCAGUGGGGAACCUGCCCGGCUUCCUGCGUGACCUGACAGCGCGGGUGCACAGCGCCGUGCCGGGAGGACUGGUGAUCUGGUAUGACAGCGUCCUGAAGAAYGGCACCCUGAAGUGGCAGAAUGAGCUGAAUGAUGAGAAUAGGAUGUUCUUUGAUGCCUGUGAUGGGCUGUUCACCAACUACAACUGGAARGAGGAGCAGCUGGAGCGCACACGCAGGCUGGCUGGGCAGCGUCAAAACGACGUCUAUGUCGGUGUUGAUGUCUUUGCCCGUGGGGAUGUGAUCGGUGGUGGCUUCGACACUGACAAGUCCCUGCGCCUGAUCCGCCAGUACGGCCUCUCUGCAGCCAUCUUCGCUCCUGGCUGGGUCUAUGAGCACCUGGGCAAGGAAAACUUCCUGCAGAACGAAAACAGGUUCUGGGGCUUGCUGGCCGAGUACCUGCCCACGCACAGCAUUUGCACGCUGCCCCUCGCCACCUCCUUCAGCCUGGGCAUGGGCACCAGCACGUUCCUGGAUGGGAAGGAUGAAGAGUCUGGGCCCUGGUUCGACCUGAGUGCGCAGGACAUCCAGCCGCUGUACCCAGAGCAGCAGGGCAGGCUGAGCACCAGCUGCUGCCUGCAGGACGCCUGGUGCGGGGGCAGCUCGCUGCGGCUGCAGGGCACCAUCCCGCCCGGCGAGGAGCACGUGGCUGUCCGCCUCUUCUCUUUGCAGAUGCCAGCCCCUCCCAAGCUCUUUGUGACCCUGCUCUACAAGCUGGAGGGGCCGCAGCCCGAUGACUUCACGGUGGCACUGGAGGUCACUACCUGGGACUCGGGGAUCUGCCUCGAGGGCAACCCCACCUCCCUGCCCGAGCCCAACGGCCGCUACCACCCCCGGUUCCUCCCAGCACCGCCGCCUGGCCUCGCCAAGCUGCUCGCUGCCUGCCACCGUAACUCGCAUGGCUGGACCAGCCGGUGCUACGAGCUGGAGCUGCAGGACUGCAGCCUGCGAGACCUCUCUGUAAUCGUGUCCCGCCAGCAGCCCAGCCUGCAGGAGACAUCCUUCAGCUGCCUCCUUGGGGAGGUCCGGGUGCUGGACACAGCCAGUGUGACAUCCUCCCCGGCGCAGGUGCACAGUGUGACGGCCUCGCAGCUCUGGUGGCAGSAGGGCCCCGAGCCGCAGCAGCUCUYGCUCAGCCUCACCCUGCGCUGGUCCUUCCCUCCCGGCCGUGCCAGAUGGUUCCGGGUGCUGAGCCAGGGUGCCCGGUGCCGCCUGGGCCAGACGGCGCCGCAGCUGCUGGGGCUGGCGCAGGGCUGCCUGUUCCGCGCCGUGGGGCUGGYGGUGCCGCAGCCAGACCCCGGGCAGUCGUGCCGGCUGGAGCUGCUGGUGGAGCCGGUGCUGCAGAAUGAGCUGCCCAUGGACCCCGAGCGCUGGGGCCGCCUCGUGCUGGUCUAUUCCGCACCAGGCUUGGAUGGGCAGUAAAGCAACCGUGGUGCAGCCCGUGUCAUCUGCUCCGUGUGGCAGGCGGGCUGUGGGCAGGGGGCUCGGAGGAUGGAGGCUGCAUUUUAUCACCCUGGGUUGCUGGGUCCCUCUUCUUACUGUGAGGGCCCACUGGGUGCUGAYCAGGACCCUGCAAGUGGCUGGCAGGGACCCCCCGACAUGUGUGACCCCAGACUGAGGCACCUGCCCUGAGAACCCCGCCAGCUCCUGCAGCCCUCACUGCCCCAGGCUGUGUGACCCAGGCUGGGUUUAGGUGCCCYAAGACCUCAGGAUGCCCACCACACAUCCCCUCAGGGCUCAGCCUGGUGGGGAGCUGCCAGCAUGGGAUCUGUGGCAGCCCUGAGGAGCAGCCCAGCAUGGGUGACCACUGUGCUCAUUAAUGCCACCAGCCUGCGCUGCCUCCCCUGAGCAUCUUGUGAGGAGGAGAGAAAAUUUAUAGCAGCAAUUAUUUACUCACAGUCUGGUGAACAAGCAAUUAGCUGGCAGGAGCAGGCGAGYGCUCCUGCAGUGGGGUCCCAAGCCCUGUCCCCAAACAACGUGGGCUCCAYCAGGGACACCAAUGUCAGCGAUGGAGCUGCUGCUCCUGAGGCGGAAAACGUGCUCAGGAAUGAAUUACCUGAAGGCUGGAGAAUGAAGGGCUUGGCCCAGCCAUGAGAGCGCUCCUCAUGCAGCACCCUGCUCCCUCACCAUGCUGAGUUUGGGGRCCCCAAGGCUCCCCCAGUUGCCCACAGGCAGUGGCCCCUGCCCAGCACGGCCGGAUCCACUGUAGCAGCCACAGCCCCGCGCCCCCGCACCUCAACCAAUCAAAACCUGAGUCGCCCUAGUUGAAG